AGCCGCAUCCCCAAGGGCAAGCUGCAGAGCGCCGACCACUGCGACCUGGUCAAUCACCUGCUUGACCACUACCCAGAGCCCUACGCGGUGGAGCUGACCUUGCGCGUGCUGGAGGCCAUCCCCAAGAAGCGCCUGGUCUGCAUGCUGAAGAGCUCCGUCUACCCAGAAUACAGUUUGAACUCUUAUAAACGAGCUCACUUUAACAGUGAAUAUGUGACCUGGGCCUUCCGUACUGUGCUGUUGGUCACGAGCUGGUACCUCAGAGUUAAAAAGUAAAGCCAUGAGGAUCUUCAGUCAGGAGGAUCGGUUGAGCAUGAGACACUUCAGCGAUCUUCCUCGGUUUUUAUGUUUUCUCCAUUGGCUAUUAUUUCUUUUGCUCUUCCCCAAUUUUUUGAGCCACCGAUGGCUGAUCAACAUGGCUCACUGCCACUGCUCUUCCUUUAGCCCAGGAGACAGGGGACCCUGUGGACACUGACCCCCACACCACUGUGGUCACUCAACGCCACAGCACAAGAGAGACACGGGACCCUGUGGACACUGACCUGCACACCACUGUCAUCAUCAUCAUUUACAGUUGAGGCUCCACUGAGGGCCGGAGCUCACAGGCUCCGUGCUGGAGCUGCUGGGGCUCCUGCAGCACUGUGACCUGAGGGCACCCUGGUCA